CCAAUCAGCGACGUCGGGGGCGGGCCGGGGGUGCCCACGCCCGGGGCCCGCGGUCCUAGUGGCCAGAGCUCCCCGAGACGCGACACGGGGCUCGCGCGGACCCAGCGGGCGCCCGGGCCUCGAUCCCCUCCCAUCGCCGCCUUCUCCCCUCAGCCGGACCGGAACUAUGUGAUCCCGGAAGUUCCGGGGCCAUUGCUGUGUGGGAUAAACAGUAAUGGCGGAGGCUGCGGCUCCCGGAACAACAGCCACAACAUCAGGAGCAGGAGCGGCAGCGGCGGCGGUGGCAGCGGCCUCCCCCACCCCUAUCCCCACAGUCGCUGCCCCGUCCCCGGGGGCGGGAGGAGGGGGCGGUGGCAGCGACAGCAGCGGCGGCGGCUGGACCAAACAGGUCACCUGCAGGUAUUUUAUGCAUGGGGUUUGUAAGGAAGGAGAUAACUGUCGCUACUCGCAUGACCUCUCUGACAGUCCGUAUGGUGUAGUGUGCAAGUAUUUUCAACGUGGGUACUGUAUUUAUGGAGACCGCUGCAGAUAUGAACAUAGCAAGCCAUUGAAACAGGAAGAAGCGACUGCUACAGAUCUAAUUGCAAAACCUUCCCUUGCUGCUUCCUCAAGUCUCUCAUCCGUGGUUGGACCGCUUGUCGAAAUGAAUACAGGCGAAGCWGAGUCAAGAAAUUCAAACUAUCCAACAGUAGGAGCAGGUUCAGAGGACUGGGUGAAUGCCAUUGAGUUUGUUCCUGGGCAGCCCUACUGUGGACGUACUGCCCCUUCCUGCACUGAAGCACCCCUGCAGGGCUCAGUGACCAAGGAAGAAUCAGAGAAAGAGCAAACUGCAGUGGAAACUAAGAAGCAGCUUUGCCCCUAUGCUGCAGUGGGAGAGUGCCGCUAUGGGGAGAACUGUGUGUAUCUCCACGGAGACUCGUGUGACAUGUGUGGGCUGCAAGUCCUCCACCCGAUGGAUGCAGCCCAGAGGUCACAGCACAUCAAAUCUUGCAUUGAGGCCCACGAGAAGGACAUGGAGCUGUCUUUUGCUGUGCAGCGCAGCAAGGACAUGGUGUGUGGGAUCUGCAUGGAGGUGGUCUAUGAGAAAGCCAACCCCAGCGAGCGCCGCUUUGGGAUCCUCUCCAACUGCAACCACACCUACUGUCUCAAGUGUAUUCGCAAGUGGAGGAGUGCUAAGCAAUUUGAGAGCAAGAUCAUAAAGUCCUGCCCAGAAUGCCGGAUCACAUCUAACUUUGUCAUUCCAAGUGAGUACUGGGUGGAAGAGAAAGAAGAGAAGCAGAAACUCAUUCAGAAAUACAAGGAGGCAAUGAGCAACAAGGCGUGCAGGUAUUUUGAUGAAGGACGUGGGAGCUGUCCAUUUGGAGGGAACUGUUUUUACAAGCAUGCGUACCCUGAUGGCCGUAGAGAGGAGCCACAGAGACAGAAAGUGGGAACAUCAAGCAGAUACCGGGCCCAACGAAGGAACCACUUCUGGGAACUCAUUGAGGAAAGAGAGAACAGCAACCCCUUUGACAACGAUGAAGAGGAGGUUGUCACCUUUGAGCUGGGCGAGAUGUUGCUUAUGCUUUUGGCUGCAGGUGGGGACGACGAGCUGACAGACUCUGAGGACGAGUGGGACUUGUUUCACGAUGAGCUGGAAGAUUUUUAUGACUUGGACCUAUAGCAGCUUUGAGUGGCACGGGAACUGGUCUGCGAGCCUCAGACAGUAGCUGUCCCCUGUGCCGCGUGGCAGUGCGUGUUGCUCUCCUAGGCAGGCCUCUCCACUCCAGGUGCUGUCGUGAUCACUUACCCAGGGCCUGCUGCUCCCCUCCCCUUUCCCCAAGGAGUGUCUGUUUUCUCUGUUUCAAAAAGUUACAAAAAUAAAUCYUAAAGUUAGUUUUUUUGUAACAUGAAUUUAACUGUCAGACAGUUAGGGUAGGUUUGUUGCGUCUGUUUUCAGCCAGGUUGUAUCUAUGGACUUUCUGCACUCAUUUCCAGGACCCUAGGUUCAAGAGCAAAAGCACCAGCCGUGCUUUGGGGUCCAAGAGUAGGGGUGAYGGGUGAAGGCACCUAAGCUGGCUGGCAAGUAGCCUUCUGCAGACKUAGGAGGUAGGUCCUUGAGGUUUCUGGUAAAAUGUGCACAUCUGUUUUUAUAUCAGUUCCCUCCCCUAUAAUCCCCUCCACCACAUGCUUGUUCUGUGGUUUUGGUCUCUUGUUUAAUUGCACAUAAGGAGUACUACUGGGUAAAGAGAACCAGGUGUGAAUGUAUUGAUUUUAGCAUGCUAGGAACAUUUGAAAGAACACACAUGAAAGAUAAGUGGCACACCAUCAGUGCAGGAUUGGCAGUWGACUCCCAAGGACUUGGUGUGAGCAUGAGCUUCCUGUCCCUGCAUAGAUAAAGUAUUUUUAGCCUUAGUGGACAAACUUGGUUUAGUGGUUUCAGCCUCAUGUGGCAGGUAGAUCUUAAAGGGCAAAGCAGUGUGUUGGAGAUAGUUGCUAUAGCAGCUCUAGCUCUGUCUAUAUGCUAGAGGAAUGGGGUCAGCCAUAGUGGAUAAAUGACUGGUUAUCCCAUGUAUCAACACAGACUGGGUCUUGGGUGCACAGUUUUAUUUAAUGUUUCAUGGUGUAGCCUUUCCAGUCCAGGUACUUUUGGAAAAACUUUUGUCCUCUGUUUGAGGGGUUCUGUUGUCAGGUUUUUGUGUUUGUUUUUGUGGGUAUUGCCUCUUUCCACCCCUGAGCUUUGCAGGUAGAUGGAAGUCAUUCAAAACUAUGUUCUAAGGUGUUUAUUGUAGUGGAGUGAUUGGUUUKCAGUAAUAAGUCACACUUUUUUUCCACUAAAGGGGAGGGCGUGGUAAUCCACAAGACAAGCUGAAGUUAAGUUGUUAGAAGAAUUCCUUGAUGGGAAAGUUUACCUUUGCAUUUUGUUGCUUUGUUUCCUGAAAAUAACUUGGGAGAUGCUCCUGAUUUGUCCAUCUACUGCUUUGGUUCCUUGGAUCCCACUCAUUCUUUCACUUUAAGAAAAAACAAGUAAUUGUUGCAGAGGUCUCUGUAUUUUGCAGCUGCCCUUUUGUAAGAAGCACUUUUCCCAAAUAAAACAAUUAAAAAAAAAAGUUGGC